UCCGUGCAGCACACACACACGGGAGCGUAGCACUAGCGUUGGUCUGUUUGUUUGCUAAACACUGGUGUCUGGAGGGAGGAGGUGCAGGUGGAGGUGGAGGUGGAGGUGGAGAGAAAGGCUGGUCAAUUUGGAGCCCGUGAUGCCUGCGAGGAACAGGUACAAUCUGGUGGACGACGUGAAGGACUCGAGGUUGCCGCUGCACAAUGACGAGGCGUACCACCAUGGGAUCUCCUUCCAAGCCAAGUACGUGGGGAGUCUCGACGUGGCCAGGCCCAACAGUCGGAUGGAGAUCGUUGCAGCCAUGAGGAGAAUCAGGUAUGAAUUCAAGGCCAAGAACAUCAAGAAGAAGAAAGUCAGCAUCGUGGUGUCUGUGGACGGAGUGAAGGUGUUACUGAGGAAGAAACAGAAGAGGAAAGAAUGGGCGUGGGAUGAGAGCAAGAUGCUGAUUAUGCAUGAUCCCAUAUACAGGAUCUUCUACGUGUCUCAUGACUCCCAGGACUUAAAGAUCUUCAGCUAUAUUGCGAGAGAUGGCUCCAACAAUUCCUUCAGAUGUAACGUCUUCAAGUCAAAGAAGACGUCGCAGGCCAUGCGUAUUGUGCGCACAGUAGGUCAGGCCUUUGAUGUGUGCCACAAGCUCAGUCUGCAGCAUGCUGAGCAGGACGCAGACGGACAGGCAGACGGAGAGAGUGACAAGUCCACAGAGGAGUCCAGCAGUCAUGGUCGUAAGCUGACGGGGGCAGAGCAAGGGGAGGAAGAGGAAGACAGCAAACCUGAAAAAGAUCCUUCAGCUGGCCCCUCCCUUUGUGAAAAGGCAUUCAGUGAAAUUCUGCAGAGUCUGGCUGAACUGAACGUGGUCAAACCUGGACAGACCAUCAUAGACUUUGAUCGAAGGUCCCUCUUCACCGUGACUUCACAAGGCGUUACUCCCAGCAGCCCUCGCUCUCGCUCUCUCACUCCGCUGGCGUCGCAGCACUACCUGCAGCUUCUUCAGCAGCAGCUCCAGCAGCAACAGCAGCACACGCAGGUGGCCGUCGCACAGGUGCAGCUGUUGAAGGAUCAGAUGGCAGCAGAGACCGCCGCCCGCAUGGAGGCUCAGGCCCGCGUCCACCAGCUGCUGCUGCAGAACAGGGACUUGCUGCAGCACCUGGCCCUCCUCGUGCAGCAGCUAAAAGAGCUGGAGACCCGCUCCCAGAAAACACAACCGGGGCAGCCACAACAGGAGCCUCAAGCUAAUGGACACAGUGGUCAACAGUCACCGUGCAGCUCCGUCUCCGCAGCAUCAAAAGCUCUGUCUCUGAAUCUGAAGAAUCACUACAGCCAGACCCUGGACCAGCUCAUAACCUCCACACCUGCAUGGCCGCUCCAAACCUCACUCCUCUCCCUCACGGACGUGGACUGCGCCGAGUCGUACCUGAACCUGCUCAACCUGGAGAACGGCACCGAACCAGCUGCACCUGUCAACGGGGAUCUGGACCCCUUCAUCAUGGCCAACGGGUCAGCUGACACCAAGGGGAGCUUGUGCAACGAGAUCGUCCCGUUCACGUUGAGGAACUCUGCCAACAUGGAUGAAAAGUUUAUGAUCCCUAAACUUGACCCGCCACCCUCCAUGAACCGCAAGCGGGCCAGCAGGACCUUGUCUCCGGGUUCAGAAGUCACAGCUGUUCCCAAGCCCGAAGACGUCACCGCUAACGUCGGGGCCCCCAGCAGCAGCAGCAGCCUCUCCUUCCCGGACAACACCCCGAGCUCCAUGUCGUCCGCCGACUUCCACUCCCUCUGCAACGGCGAGACCAGUUCCAGUUCGGCCAGCGAGGAUUCGGGCGUGCGCUCCGAGACCAAGUCCCUGAUGUCGCCGCUGCGCGAUGACGACGACCUGUUCGGAGACCGCGGGACGUUUCUGACGGCCUCCAGCGGCUGUGACAGUCCCCCGGAGGAGAGAGACAAGGCUGUUCUCUCCUCGUCUGAGUCGUACCCCGCUGAGCCCCCCGCCCUGGACGCCUAUGAGCAGCCGCUGCCCUUCUCCGCUCCUAUGAAUGAUACCUGCCUUCAUAUCAGUUUCUCUGAGGAUGAGCUGCUGGAGAGCAACCAGGAAGACCCUAAUGUCCCCCAGCGGAGUUAGGAGGAUGAGCUGAUGGGGGGCCCCCUGGAGACCCUUUCACUCUGUCCCUUCUAUCAGCUUUUAAUGCAAUACUUACCGUCUGACCCUCCUGUGUUUGCACUGGGCUCCAUUUCAGGACCUUUAAUUAUUCUGUCCACUUGUCACACAGUACAGACAUAGCAUAUACCUGUAACUGGAAAAUUAUCUAUUGUAUAAAUGACCAGCCAAUAGACAGAUUUAGUAUUUUUGUAAUGAAAUUAAUGAUCUAAUUUACUUUUUAGUGACUAGAAUGUUAAGCAGAAUACAUGUAGCAAUUCUUGCACUGUUAUGGUCACGCAUUUAGUUACCGUAGAAUUCAGAAAGAAAAAUUAGGGAACACAUUUUAUUUUUGCUAGUAGUCAACCUUAAAACAUUAUUUUGUAUGACGCUUCGCUGUGGUGCAAACUAUUGGAGAAAAAACUAUAAUGUUCUGCAGAUUUCACAGAGUAAUCGUGAUGCACAUGUUGGUGAUGUUGGGAAGAGCCUCGUUUUCUGUAAAGCACCUGACCGGAUGAUGGGAGGAAAAGAACAAGAAAGUCAGAAAAAGAAAAAAAAGGGGGGGGAUAGAAGUGAGCAGAUGUAGUUGUGUUUUGGUUUAUGCACAUCCAUUUGUGGCUGUGUGGUAUGUUUCUAAUAUUUUUUACUUUCAGAGUUGAGUGGGUUUUAGAAUGUUUUGUGCUCCCUGUAUUUGGGGUUUUCCAGACUUGCCGGCUUUGAAGCAGGACUGGAAGGAUUAGUGGAAUAUCCGUCUGGAUUUUGCACGCUGUAUUGCACUGAUUCAGUAUGUAGCAUGGUUGUUUAUUUCAAAAAUACACAGAAUGUGAGAUAUUUUAGUGCACGAAGAAAGCAAACCCUCAAAAAUCUAAGCCAACAGCCUUGAUAGCUUUGGAUUGAAACUGUCUGAGUAGGUAGUGUGUUAUUAAAUGAACCCUCAGACUCAAUGGGAAGAUAACAGAGGAAUUAUAGAGGCCCUUCAGAAAGACAGAUUGGCAGACGGAUUUUCUGUUCUGCUUCUUAUUUUGAAAAAUCCUGAAUUAAUAGCAAAUCUGUGGCAUUUGGAGCUAUCAGGAGAAAUUAAGCUCCUCAUUUAAAUUCCAUAUGUAUAUGUGUGUAUAUAUAUGUGUAUAUAUAUAU